AUGCUUCACAUAUUUCAGGCACCAGAGGUGCUAGAAUCCUAUAAGUCCGUCGUCGAAAUCGUGAAUUUGGUUGCUAGUAAAGUGAAUGAAAAGUGGAAAGCUCAAGUGCCAAGCAGCCAAGCAGCAGAAAAGCGCAAAAAGAAGAAGAAUAAACCGAAGCGCUGCAUAAACGACGCCGCUGCGCUGAAAUCAGUCAAACUGCAGGUUAGGCAGCCAGAAGCUAGAAUAAGGCGAUCAACUAAGAAGCGAAGGAGGAAAUCCAAGCAAAUUGUGGAGGCUAACACCGAGCCAAUGGCUUCUACAUGCCCAAAGUUAUCCUCAGUUGAAAGUUCCGAACCUGUCCCACAACUCGUGGAAGGGGAUGAAAUGAACGAAAUCGAAGUUAGGGAGAAUGAAAUUGAGAUGGAAUGUAUUGAGGAAGUGGGUGACGACUACGAUGUGACAGACGAUUGUGAGAUCAAUCCAGUUGAUCAUGGACGUGCCCUUUUCCAGUUACUACUUGAUCCAUUUGACUUGAGCACGUUUUCAAGUCACUUCAAUGGAAUCAAACACUUGCACGUAAAAGGGGGUGCUGCAAGACAAAAUUUCAACCGCAUUUUGAGCCUCUCCGAGGUGAACACGUGGCUGUUGGAGGAACACAUGGUCAUUGGCAGGGACGUUGAACUCCUGGGCCCUCCGGACGCCCAGACCCCGCUCCCCAAAGGUCGUGCUUUCUGCUCCCUCAUUUGGAAUCAGUUUAAUCUUGGAUAUUCACUCCGUAUUAACGGUCCGGAGCGUUUCUCACAUCGUCUUGCCGAAACUCUGUCGCUCCUUCAGGAGUUCAUUCACGGUCCGAUCUCGUCGUACCUCGUUUUCGCCAACUCUUCAUUUAAAGGCCACCUGUUGGGUAAAUCAUCGCCGUUGAUGGGUGAUAUCUUCGUUGUCCAACUUGAGGGAACCUUAGAAGUCAGUAUUAAAAAACCUCCGGGUUGCAAUGAAGCCGAGUCAGAAAACGUGUCGUUGGUGUCGGGCGAUGUGCUCUACUUGCCGCACAAAUUCGAGCACUCUGUCCAAGUUUCGUCCAAGAGCAAUCACGCCGUUCAGUUGUGCAUCGUCAAUCACAUGCCCGCCAUUCUCGACGAACACCUGGCCCGGCUAGUAGCUGGACUGAAAACAGAAUGUCUGGAAUCGUCUUUGAGAGUUUUGCUCGGCGGAACAGUUGACAAGCCAGCCAAGACUGCUAAGAAAAUUAGGGCCGCCGUCGAGGCGUUUAAAAUUGACCUCGUGCGUCGAAUGCGCGCGCCUGCCCUUCACGAGUCCGAAUCCUGCGGUCAUGUUUCCAGGCAGGGUGAAGUCUGGUUGGAUCCGAACCAGACUAUUUCCGAAGACGCAGAUCUGGAGGAAGUGGAUGUGCCACCGUCGCGACCGCAGCAAGAAGGCCGUGUUGCUUUGGGGGUCGAGCUCGAACCAGAGACGCCAAUUCGUCUGGUUCGUCAGACCGCAGCUUGUAUUUCGGUUUGUGGAUCCCGUUUUCGCAUCUUUCACGCGUUAUACAACAGUUUGGAUAUCAGAGAUACCAAUGAGACUCACUACUUGGAGCUUUCCUCAGAAAAUCUUCAAGCAGUGAAGGCGAUAUUAGACGCCUACCCCGCAUCCAUCGAAAUUUGUGACCUUCCCGGAAGUUCCAUCGAUUCGAAGCCAGCAGUCAACAUUCGUGAGAUGUUUGGGUACUUCUCAUUGGAAGGUGGUAUGUGGACCCAAGUCGAGCACUCGUCCGACCUGGGUGGUGACGCUUUAAAGGUCACACUUUGUUCAAACCCAGUACAAGCGAAGUCGGUCCCAAAAGUGUGGAUGGUCCUCGCCAAUAGCCUUUAUGAAACGGGAUUGAUCAUAACGACCCAACCCCUCCCGCCUUGUCCGUGGGACGCUUCCAGUUCAGAAGACAUUGAAAUGGAGUGA